AUGGCAUUUGUAUUCUUAUCUGAGAAAACUAAUUAGAACAAUUAGCUCUUCCCUCCCUCGAAAGACUCACAGUUCUUGAAUAAUUAAGUAGCUAAGAUAGAUCAUGAAAGCCCUUGUCUUGGACAGUACGAUAUUCCAAAUCAAUCCUCUGUUCUAAAACAAAGCCUUUCAGCUGUAUAAAAACCCUUUGGCUCUACUAUUGAAAAGACUUCUCCUGAGAAAUUAAAUGGACAUAAGAAUACAUCUCCAGGACCUGGCUAAUAUAGUCUUCCUACAUAGUUUAAAAAAAGUCAAGCAUUCUAGGAUAUUUAUGAACCUGGUACAUAUUAUAUCCUUGAAGAAAAUUAAAUUAAAAGAAGAGUGCAAGGAUAUUUGCCUUAAGAUGCCAUUUAAAAUAUAGAUCCAUUAUCAGGUCCAGUUCCUCUCAGAAACCCUACAAAAUAAUCUUAUUUUGAGGUUUUAGUUAAAGAGCAUGAAUUGGUACCUGGUCCAGGGCGUUAUAACUUACGAAAAGAUGAAGAUAAAACUUACUAAAAACUAAACAAAGAUUCAGGAUAACUAUAACUCAGAUCGAGAACCAAAAGUUAGCUUAAAUUAAGAGACCUAGUAUUACAUGAGUAUAUGCAAAUAAAAAAAGAAAUAAAUCAGGUUGUUAGUCCAGCAUCAUAUACUCCAAGAGUUGGUAUAGAAACCCAAAAAGGUACAGGGUGGGGUGUAUCAAAGACUUAAAGAAAGACUAUUUUUGAUAAAGUCGAAUAAAACCCUACUUAGCCUAAUGAAGAUUAAUAGACAUUUAUUGAUCUCAGAAAGGAGAGACAAGAAUAAAAGCAGCUGAAAAAAUCAUAAAGUGCUACGCUAUUGAAAACCAAACAGAAAUAUCCGUAGAAAAGUGCAGCUAUUUAAAGAGAUUUCGUAGAUCAUGAAAAUAGAGAUGAAUUUAUUUCAGAUGAAGAUGAAAAUUUCCCAGGUCCAGGGCAAUACUAUAAUCCUAGCAUUUAAACUGGUUUUAAGAAAUAGCAAAAAGAAGUUCAGUAUUAAUACUUCGGCUCUACAUCUCAAAGAUUUAUGAGUGCUAUCCCUAUAGGACACAACAAGACUGUGAUAAAAUAAAAGGUAAAUCACACUGAUAUGAAUAAUCUUGGUCCUGGAACUUAUGAUCCCGAUCCAAGUUAAGAGAGAUAAAAUUUCUUUUAAAAUUACACUUCAAGUUUUGCGUCUAAAAGAACAGCUUUGGAUGUAUUCUCCUCAUCUUAAGCACCAGCAUCUCUAAAUACUCAAAACUUUACUUAUAUUACUCAAUCAACAGUAAAGAAGAAAUUCAAUCAUGAAAGCAAUUAAUCUGAUAAGUAGAGCUUAGUACCUCCAGCUCCUGGUACUUACAAUCCAUUUAAAUCAGAAUUUGAUACAUUUCCUGCUGAUAACGAUAAAUUAAACAUUCCGAGAGAAGAGAGAUUCAAAAUCUAUGAUUAAUAAUUCUUAGAAUAGAGACAAAGCCCACCACCUGGAGCAUAUAUUAAAGAUAAACCUGUCUCUAAGAAAGAAAAAGGAUAUUCGAUAUUUAAAUCUAAGACUGCUAGAACAAUGUUAACUACUGUUUAGUUAAAUGAAAACAAGGAAAUCUAAAAAAACCCAUUGCUAGAAGUAAAAGAUGAUGUAAUUGAGAAGAAAAAGUUAAGGUUCAAAGAAAUCUAUUCAGACUUUUUUAAACAAGGCUAGGGAAAGAAAGAGGGAUCCAUUUGUCUAGAGAAUUCAGUUCCUAGUAUAAUGAGUUCACAUCCAAUGGAGCAGUUGUAUCUUGAAAAGAUACAAGAGCAAUAAAGGCUGAACAAUAAUUUCAAGCCAAUACCUAAGGAAAAGAAUCAACAAAGUUUUGCAAAGGUUGAGAGAUUCAAAGAGGAUCAAACUCAAAAAAUGAAGAGUGGUACUUUGACUGAUACUGAUCUCGCCAAAGUAAGGCAAGAAUACUAACCUGGUCCUGGCCAUUAUAGUAGAGUAAUGCCAGAUUGGAAUAAGAGGAGUUUCAACUUGAGAUUUGUGAAUGAAAAGCAUUAAUGA